CCCCCCCCCCCUUCAUAAAUACCUCUUGUUGGUAACGCCACAAACAUUGGCCCCCAAACUCCCGGUCGCCCCGCUCACCCCCUAGAUCUCUGAUGGAUCAGAAGAUUCAGGGGGGCACCGCCACUCCACCCCCCCUCCCCACCGCACUACCCGCUGGGGAGCGAGACAAGGAUGGCGGGGGUGGGAAGAAGGACGAGGAGGAGGAGAAGAAAAAGAGGGAACGGGAGAAGGAGUGCACCCCGUUGGACUCCUCCAGUGCAGCCGGAGGGGUAGGAGGCGACGGGGCAGGAGGAGUAGCCCCCGGGGCCCCUGGCGGCGGCGGCGGCGGCGGCGUGGACCAGUCUCACUUCUCCAUUAAGGAGAGCAGCCUCUCCGAGGGCAACGUGAAGCUCAAGAUCGGCCUGCAGGCGAAGCGCAUGAAGAAGCCCCCCAAGAUCCUGGAGAGCUACGAGUGCCGGCCCGCCUUCCGGGCCACCGUCCGGCACACCACGCCGCGUAGCAACGGCGGCUCCGGAAGUGGCCGGGGGGGCCGCACCGGGGCAGCGCCCGAGGGUCCCCCGGCCAACGCACACGUCGCGCCCAGUCCCCCUCCUCCUCCUCCACCUCCUCCUCUUCCUCCUCCUCCUCCUCCGCCGCCGCCUCCUCCGCUGCACAGCAGAGAGAGAGAGCGGGAGCCCAGCCCCCAGUGCCUCAACAGCAGGCCCAACCCGUCGCCUCCGGGCCCGGCCUCCGGUGCUGUCGCUGCCACGUCACCCCCCUCUGCAGUUCCUCCUGCGAGCUCUAGUGCCCCGUCGCCCUCCCCGACCAACGGGAAUAAUCAGGCCAAAAAGGGACUACCAAAGAUGGCCUGCAAGUCUAACGCCAAGCCAGACGGGAAAGCCGCCAGCCCCAUGCCCGAGAGACCCCUCAAUCUGCAUCGCUCCUCAUCAGACAGCAAAACACAUCACCCGUCACACUCUGGGAAGAGGGCCCCUACUCCCCAGACCAGCCCACUCACAUCCCUCUCCUCCGCACCGUCUAUGACCACACCGGCCUCGAAAGAGGCCAGCUUCCAAGGUGUCAAACCCGCUCAGUACACGUACAGCACUGAGAACCAGAGGGACAAGGACAGGGGGCUUCCAUGUUGGGGGGCCCCCACUGUCACAGAGAAGUUAGCCCAACUCAUAGCCACCUGCCCACCGUCAAAGACCCCCAAACCCACCAAGCCUACGAAGAUCGCCCCCUCGCCGGCGCUCCCGACGUCGGGCUUCAUGGCCCCGACCGCCAAACAGCGGGACCGGGCCAUGGCCAACCGGAACACGUACUCCCGGGUGGUCCACCUGGCGCCGCCCCCGCCCGUGUCGCGACCGCCCGGCCGCCCCUACGGCUCCCGGAACAAAGACAGCCUCGGCGAGGGCAAGUCCUCCGCCUCGGCGCCGCCCAGGAAGGAGGACGCCGACGGCAACGGGAGGUCGAGCGGCGGCGGCGGCGGCGGCGGGAGCAGCAGCGGCAGCAGCAGCAGCGGCAACAGCAGCAGCAGUAGUCGCAGCAGCAGCCCCGCGCCCUCCCACGGCCACGGCCGCCUGGGCCACAGCAAACACGAAGCGGCCGGCGGGAACCCCGCCAAACCGCCGCCCUCCCGCCUCUCCCACUGCUCGCCUCACAGCGCGCCGUCGCCGUCGCGGCUCGCCUCGUCGUCCUCGUCGCCCCGCGCCGCCGCCUCCUCCCCCGAGGAGAGGACGGGGGACGCGUCGGGCCAGCACAGCGGCCCCGGCGCCGCACCGGGACACCAUCCACGGGACAGCCCAGCCCGGCAAGAGGAGAGCGGCCACCGGGAGAGGGAGCAGCACGACAGGCCGGACCGCCCCAGAGACCUCGCCAAGUGCCCCCCUCUGUUAGGCACGGGGAGGGCCGAGGGGAAGGAGCGCUGCUCCGGGGGCCAGUCGCUGCGGGCGGACCGGGGGUGCAGCCCCGGCCGGGACGCCGGCCGGACCCUCCCCGCCGAGCUGACGAGACACAGGGGUGCCCCGCAUCCGGAGUCCGACGAGAGGGACGGCUCCCCGCUCCCACUCAGGCACGACUCACGGGACUCCUCCCCCGAUUCCCCGGCGGAGCAGGACAGCAAGCCCCUGAAGAAGCGAAGGGGCAGGAAACCCCGUUGGACCCGUAUUAUCAACAAGGCCCGGGAAGGCCAGGACGGGCCCGUGCCUCUGUCUAUGAGCAUGGACACGCCCCCUCCGGUAAAGAGGCCCGUCGGCAGGCCUCCCAACCCCAACAAGAUCAGACCAACUCCCCCGCCACAAAAUCCAAUGUCGCAUCUGUUCCCGCCCCAGCCGAGGAAACGGGGGAGGCCCAAGUCUAAAAUGCCCCGUCUGGACGCUCCCCUCCGCGGGCGCCCCCCCAACAAGCUGGCCCCCUCCAAGGUCUACUCAUCGCUGCUCAAGUCCAAAGAAGAGCAGGACCCUCCGGUCCUCCACCCGGAGGUCGACCUCAACCCUCCCAAACCCAUGCCCAGGAAACGGGGCCGUCCCAAGCGCCUGCCCCCUACCCUCCCCCCCGAGGGUCAACCCCCGACACUGGCCCCCGAGGCGGGGGACGGAGGGGAGAAACUGUUCCACACCAAAGGCAACGGGCAGCUCAUCAUGAGGACAAUCAUAGGCAAGAUCAACAAGAUGAAGAGCGUGAAGAGGAAGCGCAUCCUCAGCCAGAUUCUGUUGGGCCCCGGGCCGGAGGAGACCUCCCGAGGCCCCGGCAGCAUGGCGGCAGGUUCCGCGGUCGCCGCCAAACAGUCGCUGACCUCGCUCGCGGCCUCGUUCGGGGGCAAGCUGGCGCCGCAGAUCAACGUCAGCAAAAAGGGGACGAUCUACAUGGGCAAGAGGCGCGGCCGGAAACCCAAGCUCUCCGGCGGCUCCAAGGACUCCAGUCCGCCCUCCGAGUCGCCCAGCAUCACCUCCCCGCUGCAUCACCACCACCACCACCACCACCACCAGUCCCAGCAGCACCACCAGCUCUCCUCGUCGGAGGUGUUCCCCUCCCCCUCGCUCUCCCAGUCCAGCGGGGGCCACAGCCCGGCCAGCGACGGCGGCGGCUUCGUGGAGCCGGGCUCGGUGCACUUUGCCGCCCACCCGCACUACCAGACGCAUCACGCCCACCACCACGGCCACCACUCGUUCCCCUUCGCCCCGCCCACCUUCUCGGCGCCCAACCCCCGCAUCCAUGGCUCCUCGGCGGCGGCGGCCUUGGCGGCGGCCCAAAAGAAGUCGUUGUGCCGCGGGUUCCACCAGCAGCAGCAGCAGCAGCAGCAGCACCACCACCACGCCCAUUUCCGGCAGCACUACAACUACCACAAGCUGUCCCCGCCGCGGCCCCUGCACCCCACGUCGCCCGCCCCGCUCAGCGAGCUGAAGGAGGCCACGCCCUCGCCGGUCAGCGAGUCCCACAGCGAGGAGACGGUGCCCAGCGACAGCGGCAUCGGGACGGACAACAACAGCACCUCGGACCGGGGCGAGAAGGCGGGCUGCCUGGUGGGCGUGGCCCCGGGGCUCACCGCCGGGCUGGGGGGCGGGGCCGGCCUGCUGAUGCCCGGGGUGAUGAGCUCGGCGAUGGCACCUGGGGGCCUCGGACUCAGCGCCAGGGGCCGCCGGCGGCACUCCUCGGCGGUGAUGCUGGAGCACCCCUCCCCCACCCCGUCCCCGCUCGGGGCCAGGUCACCCCCUGAUCCGCGGCGGCCCCACCCGGCCGCCCCGGUCUCGGCCUCCUCCCUGCUGGGCCACAAGGAGAAGCACAAGCACAAGUGCAAGAGGCGGAGCCACGGCUGCCCGGGCUACGACAAGCUGAAGAGGCAGAAGAGGAAGCGCAAGAAGAAGUACCUGCACCUGCGCUCGCGGCGCCAGGACCCCGACUUCCUGGCGGAGCUGGACGAGAUCGUGGUGCGGCUGAGCGAGAUCCGCAUCGCGCACCGCGGCGCGGGCCACCGGCCGGGGGCCGGGAUGGGCCCGCACGCCGGGGCGGGCAGGGCGCCCGGGGCGGUAGGGGCCCGGGCCCCCGGGGGCCUGGGAGGCUCCGGCGGCCCCCCACCGCACCACUACCUCUCCCGGGACCUGCUGCCCACCAUCUUCAGGAUCAACUUCAGCGGCUACUACUCGCCGCACCCGGCGUACAACUGCGACCCGCUGCACUACGUCCGCAAGCCGGACAUGAAGAAGAAGCGCGGGCGCCCGCCCAAGCUCCGGGAGGCCAUGUCGGACGUCCCCUACGUGCCGGGCCUGGGCUUCCCCCUGCCCAGCGGGGGGUUCUACCACCCCUCCUACGGCAUGCCCUACUCCUCCGGGCCCCUGGGCCUGGGCUACUACCGGGGCUACCCGCCGGCCAGCGCCCUGUACCCGCACCCCCACCACCAGUCCUCCCACGCGGGGCCGUCCCACCACUCGCACCACUCCCCGUCGUUCCCCCCGCCCCCGCCCCCCGCCUCCUACAUGCACCACCACCACCCGCCCCACCUGCUGCUGAACCCCUCCAAGUUCCACAAGAAGAAGCACAAGCUGCUGCGGCAGGAGCUCCACGGCGGGGGCCGCCCGCCGGUGCUGUACCCGCCCAUGUCCUCGGAGCUCUCCUUCAACUGGCACCACAAACACAAGCACCGCCACAAGCACCGCGAGCGCGCCGGCCAGGACGGGGGCGACGCGGCGGCCGCCAGGGGCCCCGCGGCCGCCCGGGCCGGCGCGGGCCUACCGGAGGGCGGAGCCUCGGGGAGGGCGGAGCUGAGGGCCGGCGGGGCCGCCGGUCUAGCAGAACCCCUGCAGCGGUGCCGCUUCGGACGGGAGUCGGGAGCGGUGGCGGCGGCGGCGGCGGGCGGCGGCGGCAAGCAGACGGUGGCGGCAGCGGCCGCCUCGGCCAACUCGCCCUCGUCCACGUCCUCCGCUUCCUCCUCGGCCGACAAGUACAAGCGCAAGGAGAGCACGGCGUCCUGCCUGGGGCCCUCCAGGCUGGCGCUGGGCGGCGGGGCCGGCGUCCCGCGGGGACAGCCCCGUGCCCCCGACUCCUGGUUCAGGGUGGGCGGCGGCGAGGCGGACUACGGGAAGCUCUCGCGGAACCAGGCGGCCUCGGCGGCGUCCGGCCGCGGGCCCUUCUCGGACGGCCGGCCAGAAGACCCGGCGGGCUGCUCGGACAGCGAGGAUGAAGAGGAGGACGAGGACGACGAGGACGACGAGCCCCUCACGCCAACGGAGGAGGCGGACGCCGGAGGCCCGGACCCCCCGGGACACACCAACCUGUUUGCGUCAGCCCUGACGCGCAACACCCUGAAGGCAGCGGGCCGGAGCAGGAGGCCCGAGGCAGGGGCCCCGGAGGGCCCCGGCUUCGCCCUCCUGGAGCGGCCGCAGAGGAAGGACCGCUCCACCUCAGCGGAGAGGAGGGAGACGGGCUCCUCCGCUGGCCAGACCCAUCAGCCGCCUCUGUUCCACCCGCACGCCACCACUGCCGCCGCCUCGACGCGCCUCUCGCCCUGCCGGGACUACUGCAUGGACCCGCCGCAGUCCCACACAGCGCACCACCACCACCACCACCACAACCACGGCCAGCCCCACCCCGCCGGCAACACCCCCAAACACAGCCUCCACCACGUCAACAAGAUCCUGCGCGCCAAGAAGCUGCAGAGGCAGGCGCGCACGGGGAACAACGUGGUGAAGAAGCGGGGACCCGGGCGCCCCCGGAAGUACCCGCUGCCGUCGCCGCCGCCCUCGCCCCCGUCCCCCCCCACACCGCCGCCGCCGCCGCCCACGCCGCUGACCGAGGCGACCCAGAGUCGGCAGCGCGCGGGGGAGAGGGACCGGGUAGGGGGAGGGCCCCUGGCCAGAGGGUGGGAGGGGGACACGGUGACGGACGCCAUCGAGGUAGUGGUCCAGGGCCAACGCAGGAAGGGGCCGAAGAGGAAACACUGGGAGGGAGACGGGGAUGAGGACGAGGACGAGGAGGAGGAGGAGGAGGAGGAGGGGGAGGGGGAGGGGGAGGAGGAGGGGGAGGAGGACGUGGAAGGGGAGGAGGGAGAGGGGGAAGAGGACGGGGAAGCAGUAGAGGCCGGGGAGGGUUCUGCAGGCAGAGUGGAGAACGUGGGCGGCCUGGUUGCAAGGCCUGCACCCGGGGGAGGAAGAGGCUGGAUCACACCGGAAGACCUCCACCUUUUUCGGGGCUCACUGGAAAGCAAGCCAGAUGGCAACUGCUCCCCGGAACGCCCAGGCACCGUCUCCAGGGAGAAGGCUCCGCCCAUGCCUAUAACCAGCCAACGGGAGAAGAGGCCUGCCAGACCUCCAAAGAAAAAGUUCCAGAAGGCGGGGCUUUACUCUGAUGUGUAUAAGUCUGAUGACCCCCGGAGCCAGCUUCUGCAGCUGAAAAAAGAGAAGCUGGAGUAUAUUCCCGGGGAACAUGAACAUGGCCUGUUCCCCGCACCGAUUCACGUUGGCAAGUACUUAAGACAGAAGCGCAUUGAUUUCCAGUUGCCUUACGACAUCUUGUGGCUGUGGAAACACGACCAGCUCUACAAGAGGCCUGACGUCCCCCUUUAUAAAAAGAUCAGAUCAAAUGUCUACGUGGACGUGAAGCCCCUCUCUGGGUACGAGGUGACCACGUGCAACUGCAGAUCUCCGGACGACCCCACUGAGAAGGCCUGCCUUGACGACUGCUUAAACAGGAUGAGCUUCGCCGAGUGCUCGCCCAGCAUCUGCCCGUGCCGGGAGCAGUGUGACAACCAGCACAUCCAGAGGCACGAGUGGGUCCAGUGCCUGGAGCGCUUCCGCGCCGAGGGCAAGGGCUGGGGCAUCCGCACCAAGGAGGCCCUCCGCUCGGGCCAGUUCAUCAUCGAGUACCUCGGGGAGGUGGUCAGCGAGCACGAGUUCAGGAGCCGCAUGAUGGAGCAGUACUUUGCACACAGUGGACAGUACUGUCUGAACCUGGACAGCGGCAUGGUGAUUGACAGCUACCGCAUGGGCAACGAGGCCCGCUUCAUCAACCACAGCUGCGAGCCCAACUGUGAGAUGCAGAAGUGGUCGGUGAACGGCGUGUACAGGAUCGGCCUCUUUGCUCUCAAGGAUAUGGGCACCGGCACGGAGCUCACCUACGACUACAACUUUCACUCCUUCAACACAGAAGAACAGCAAGCGUGUGAAUGCGGCUCGGAGAGCUGCCGGGGAAUCAUUGGCGGAAAGAGCCAGCGAAUCAACGGCCUCCCUGGGAAAGCGGGCGGGACCCGACGUCUGGGUCGCCUGAAGGAGAAACGCAAGUCGAAACACCAGCUUAAAAAACGAGAGGAGGAGUCGGGUGACAGCAGCAAACUGUACCCCCACCUCAUGAAGCCCAUGUCUAACAGAGAAAGGAACUUUGUGCUGAAGCACCGGGUGUUCCUGCUGAGAAACUGGGAGAAGAUGCGUGAGAAGCAAGAGCUGCUGAAGAGAGAGGGCGAACGAGACCGGGACGCCAGCAGCCUGUCCAUCUACGCUCGCUGGGGAGGCGUGAUCCGUGACGACGGUAACAUCAAGUCUGACGUCUUCCUGACCCAGUUCUCGGCACUGCAGACGUCGCGCUCGGUGCGCACGCGGAGGCUGGCGGCGGCCGAGGAGAACACGGAGGUGACGCGCACCGCCCGCCUGGCGCACAUCUUCAAGGAGAUCUGCGACAUGAUCACCAGCUACAAGGAUUCGUCCGGUCAGACCCUAGCAGCUCCCCUCGUCAACCUUCCAUCCAGGAAGAGGAACAGCCAGUACUACGAGAAGGUGUCUGAGCCGCUGGACCUGAGCACCAUCGAGAAGCAGAUCCUCACGGGCCACUACAAGACGGUGGAGGCCUUCGACGCGGACAUGCUCAAAGUGUUUCGCAAUGCAGAGAGGUACUACGGCAGAAAGUCCUCACUGGGCCGCGACGUCAACCGGCUGAGGAAGGCGUACUACAGCGCACGCCACGAGGCCGCCGUGCAGAUCGACGAGAUCGUGGGCGAGACAGCCAGCGAGGCGGACAGCUCUGAUUCGCUGGAGCGCGACCACGCCCACCACGGCGGCUCGCACGACAAGGACGACGACGUCAUCCGCUGCAUCUGCGGGAUGUACAAGGACGAGGGCCUCAUGAUCCAGUGUGAAACGUGCAUGGUAUGGCAGCACUUUGACUGCAUGCGGUUGGAAACCGAGGUGGAGCAUUACUCGUGUGAGCAGUGUGAGCCCCGCCCUUUGGACCGGGAAGUACCAAUGCUGCCCCAGCCCAGCUAUGCCCAGUCCGGCUCGAUGUACUUCAUCUGCUUGCUCCGAGACGAGCUGCUUCUGCACCAAGGCGAUUGUGUGUACCUGAUGAGGGAUAGCAGACGCACCACCGAGGGCCAGCCGAUCAGACAGUCAUACCGGCUCUUGACUCACGUCAACAGAGACAACCUGGACAUCUUCCGCAUUGAAAAGCUCUGGAAGAACGAGAAGGGUGAGCGUUUUGCUUUUGGUCACCACUACUUCCGGCCCCACGAGACGCACCACUCCCCGUCGCGCCGCUUCUACCAGAACGAGCUGUUCCGCAUGCCUCUGUACGAGAUCAUCCCCCUGGAGGCAGUGGUGGGCAACUGCUGCGUCCUGGACCUGUACACCUACUGCAAGGGGCGGCCGAAAGGCGUGAAGGAACAGGACGUGUACAUAUGCGAUUACCGGCUGGACAAGUCAGCCCACCUCUUCUACAAGAUCCACCGCAACCGCUAUCCGGUCUGCACCAAGCCCUACGCCUUCAACCACUUCCCCAAGCGGCUGGCGCCCAAGAGGGACUUCUCGCCCCACUACGUGCCCGACAGCUACAAGAGGAACGGCGGGCGGGCGGCAUGGAAGAGCGAGCGAGACAAAGGCGCCCCCGGCGGCGAUGACGACAGCGGCUCGCCGUGCGACCGCGGCAGCGACGACUUCCCUCCGGAGGCCACCGAAGACGAGCGGGGAGAGGGAGGCGGAGCCGAGGAAGAGGCGGAUCCAACGGCAGGGGACCCCACAGCCCCCAGCGGCAAGCCCCCUAGGGCCGAGCCACGGGGGGGCGAGGCGGGGGCCAACGGAGAGGAGGAGGACGAGGAAGAGGACGAGGAAGAGGAGGACGAGGAAAUGCGGGAGGCGGCGGGCCGAGGGAAGCCGGAGGAGGAGGUUCUGGCGGAGAGGGUCGGGGAGAUGGUGGAGGUCCCUUCGUCGUCGGCCUCGUCGCCGCUGCACCACCACCACCACGUGCUGCUCCACCACCACCACCACGUUGGGCUGGGAAGGCGGGAGGCGCAGCGCGACAGACUGAACAAGAUCCUGCUGGACCUGCUGCAGCGAACGCCCAGCAAGAACGGUGAGGGCGCAGCCAUUGACGUCACCUACCUCCUGGAGGAGGGGGCUGGCCGCCGGCUACGACGGCGAACCCUCGGCUUUGGUGACUUUGUGUGCAGGAAGUAACACAGGUUAGCUCGCUGUCGGUGAGCGAAAGACGGAGAUACCACGGAGAGACGCAGGGGAAAGGGACGACGAGGCUCCGCUCGGGGGGGGGGGGGGGGGGGGGGGAGAAAGGAGCGAGCAAGGAGUAGCGACGACCUUGCGUCCUCCGGAGAAACCUUUCAGGUGUAGCUCUCUCCAAACCUGCCAUCUCAGACUCGGAGCGAGAGAUGCGAGGCAGGGAAACUUACAAAGAAACACAAUGCAGGAUGGGAAGGUUGUCAAUAUGGUUGCCGUUUUUUUCAAGGGGUUCAGGACUACUCAGGGGGAGAAAGGACCCACACUUUGUUUUUCGUUUUUUUCUUCCUUCAUUUGUUUUGGCUUAUUUAAAUAGUAUGAUGCAAACGUUUUUAUUGACAUAGGAAGAGAAACAGAAACACCACGCACUUACAAUGCAUCAAACGGCCUUUGAGCAUUGUGUGAAAGACUGCAGGCUGCAGGCUGAAGACAUAGGCGUUUACCGUACCAACAAGGGUCAACGAGGAAGGGCGGCCGUUAGAAUUAAGGAUCGAAAAAUGAGAAGUGGUACCGGAACGAAUGACGUACAGCGGCCCCAGUAGGAUGGCUUCCUGUGACUUGGAACGCUGGAGACCAACUCCCCCUUGUGGGGAAGAGCUGCAAUGAUUCAAAACAAAACUAAGCUAAUGCCAGAAAGUGUCAGGACUUAAUGAUUAGAAUGCAUAGGAGAAGCAAGUGCGCUUCGGAAGAAUGACAAUAAAAAACGCUGCUGCAGAGCUGGGCGAGGGACACACGGUCGAUGAGGCGGGAAUGAGGUCGGCUCUACUGCACUUUUGGCACUGAGGACAUGGUGAAGCUCGGGCGUAUCUAUGGCGAUGGAAAACACACACUAACGCUCUCGAGAGUCAGCCGAUGUAUUCUGGGGGAAUUCGGCGGAGGGGAAAGCAUAUCUUGCUCUUUUCUUUAAGAUGUGCAGGCAGAAGGCGGUGUCUUGGGCGAAUGACAGUGCGCUUCUUUUUUUGGGUUUUUGUUUUAGUGUCUUGUUGAUUUUUUAAAGUUAUUAUUGAGGCGAGGCGGUCAGCUUUGCCCUUUCUUAUGUGGAAGUAACCUGAUUCACCAGCUAAAUUAUAUCAGGCGGUGGAACACUGGCCUUCAUUGUAACGCCUUAGGAACGCCAUGCUCCCCAGACUGGCUUGCGUGCGUGCGUGCGUGCGUGCGAGAGUGUGUGUGUGUGCGGGUGUGCAUCCACACUUAUUUAGUGUUUGUACGCUAUAAACCUUGAAGAUAUUGAUUUUUUUUUAAAGAGGAAAAAAAUUAAGGGCUUGAUGGCAAUUAACAGUUUUAAGAAAACUAUGAAAACAAUACUCAACAUGAAAUGUAUCGUGGCAGUCAUAUUUUCUUAUAUUCUGUUAGAUGGCGCUGGAGGGGCGGGCGGGGGGUGAGUACUGUGUUUUGAGAGGGAAUGGACUCCAGUUCCGUUUUCCUCUUCAGAAUACACGAUCCUGGUUGUGCCAUGGUGAAUGUUUAAAAUGUGUGAUAUCCAAUGAGAUUUUUUUUGCCCCUGGAAUGCCUCUGAUAAAAUGGGACCGCAUGUCCCUAUGUGUUAAACUGACAGAGAAUUGAGACAUACAACUGGCUACGAAAGAGAGAGUGGGAGAUAGAGAGAGGUAGAGAGAAGCUGUACAGUGCCAACUUAAUGUACAUAUACAAACUUUACACGAGAAACGUCUCCAAAAGCAAUAUCUUGAUUAUGGAUUUUUUUUGGUGUAUUGAACUGUACAGGACUCAGCCCUAAAAUGUAUUAUGAUUAUUCUAAUGAUAAUAUGAUAAUUUCUUCCAUUUGUAUAACUACAAUGAAGACAGUUAAGCUUAAAGGAAAAGGAGAGUUUUGUCCAAAUUCCCACACUUAGCGGUCCUACCCAAGCAACGUAUAUACGUUUUUUGCUGCCUAUAAAUUCCAUCUAUGUACUUGCAUGAACGAGAAGACUGUCUAAUGGACAUAGAAAGGCACCGGGACAUCAUAGUCCUUGCAAUGGCUUCUCGGUCACAGUAAGGAAUAUUGUUAAUAAUAUUACUUUUAAGGAGUAAAAAGCUCCUUGAUUUUUUGCUGCAAAGUGUUGAACACUAAAAAAACAAACCAACAUAAAAAUGUUAUGAUAUUUUUUAAGAAAGGUGACAGAGAUAAAGAUUACGCUGUCAGCUAGAUAUCAUGUUAUUUUCUUUUUCCUUUAAAAAAACUGAAACGGUUCCGUUUUGUGAUAACAGUCAUUGUAAAAUGCUUGUACUUGUAUUUGUGUAUUUUGUGUGAUUUGUUUAGUUAUUUUUAGACAAUCACAAAAUAAGAUGCAAGCAUUGUAUAUGGCAGACUGGCAGACAUUUUGUGAUGUGUACAGUUUGUCAAAAACUUCUUCCACUCGUUAAAAGUUUGUAAUUAUGAUUAUAAAGUCAUGGAAAAUGCUGUUGGUUUUUACUUUUUUGUUUUAUAUUCUAUUUGUUUUUUGUUUUUUGUUUGUUUUUUAAUAAAAAGCACUACAUUAUUGUGAA